AUGGAACGGGAAAAUCAUUCAAGAGUCUCUGAAUUCAUCCUCCUGGGCCUUUCAGACCAACCAGAGCAGAAGAGACUGAUGUUCCUUGUAUUCCUGCUUAUGUAUCUGAUCACAGGGCUGGGGAAUUUGCUCAUCAUUCUGGCCAUUAGGACUGACUCACAUCUGCACACCCCCAUGUACUUCUUCCUUGCCAACUUGUCCCUGGUGGAUAUCUGCUUCACCUCCACCACUAUCCCUAAAAUACUGGUUAAUUACAUAUCUGGGAACAAAGCAAUUCUUUACAUCAGCUGCCUGGCACAAGUGUUCUUCUUCAGUUGGUUUGCAGGAUUAGAUAGCAUCCUCCUUGCCUCCAUGGCCUAUGACCGCUACGUGGCUAUCUGUGCCCCAUUACACUAUACCAUGGUCAUGACCCCAAGGGUCUGUGUCCUUCUGGUAGCAAUGUGCUGGUUUGGGGCUUGUGCUAAUGCCCUGACACAUGCUAUUCUACUGACCCAACUCUCAUUCUGUGGCCACACUGAAAUCCCUCAUUUCUUCUGUGACCUCAAUGUGGUGAUAAGAUUGGCCUGCUCAGACACCUUCAUCAAUGACUUGAUGAUCUACACAAUGGCAGGACUGAUAGCUCUAAUUCCAUUCAUUGGCAUUCUGAUCUCCUAUAUUCACAUUUUUGUGGCCGUGCUGAGGAUCCCAUCAGUUCAUGGGAAGUGGAAAGCUUUCUCCACCUGUGGCUCCCACCUCACUGUGGUCUGUCUCUUCUAUGGGGCAAUCAUUGCAGUGUACUUUAAUCUGACUUCCAGCCACACAGCACAACAGGACACAGCAGCAGCCGUGAUGUACACAGUGGUCACCCCCAUGCUAACCCUUUCAUCUAUAGCCUAA